UAUUCCUUUCACUGGCAACCUUCUACAUUUUGACAAUACUUAUGGAAUAAGGAUGGUGUAUUGUGUUCUCAUUUAAAAAGUUUGACGUGUCGGGUGCAUUUUACAUUGGCCGCCACAGAAGCAGAACUUGCUGCUGUAUGAAGAGUUUGUGAGUUUCUUGGUGUAUGGUACCAUGGUAACGCUAGUUAACUUUGCUUUAUAGACAUGUGCAUAUUGCUGUUUUCGCGUAUUAAGGUUAUAGUUCGGUGAGAACACAGUAGUCAAGCUUUAAUGGUUCAAAAGAACUCAAACCUGGACCCAUGCUGGAACCGCUACUUUGCGUCGUGUUGUGUUCCUAGCGAGUCAUGCAAUCCAGCGGCCCUGUGUUCACAAAGCAGAAUCCAUUUCAACCAGCGUCAAAGGUUGGAAAGUCCCACUACCACCCAUCCAGCAACCAACCCCUAACAAAGAAGAAGAAAAAAACUGCUUUGAGUCCUGUACGCUUAAACCGGCGGCCCACUCCAAAUGGUCCCACUGUUAAGCCAAUGGGCAAACAGCCCUGUGAAACGCAUGAAAGCCAUGUUGCUACGACGGCUGCACAACCUGACUACGUAGAGGUGUGGCCCUCUUCUGCUUCCAGCUCAAUGACCUCAUCUGACCCGGAGAUGCCCAAACAACCUGCAGCAGCAGGGAAAUUUUCAGUUUCCUUUGAACUGGGAGGUCAAGAGGAUUCUGUGUUGGCAAAAUACAUAGAACGUUUUCGAACCGGUCGACCACAGGGUCGCGAUGAGCGCCAGGUGAUGACAUUAACUGAUGGAGAGGAGGAGCUGCCUUUUUGGUGGAUGUCACCAUCAUCUUUACCUCCCAGUUCAACACCAACUAAAGCAACAGAUGAAGAUGACCACGGCUCUGCCACUUUCAGUCCGGCUGUACAGCGUCAACCCCUUUCCCCCUGCAGAGGAUCCCUUAAUAUGAGUGCAUUUGGUGAAUUUGAUGAUACAGACAUACUGCACCUCCAAGAGAGAGCCAGCAAGCUUUUACUCAGAGGUGAAUCUACCCUGAGUGAUGGCUCUGCCCCUGUCAGCUCAGACGGCCUGGGGUGCUCUGAUUUCUCUUCUCCAGUAACUGUAGAUGAACCAGUAAAAAGCACAGUGAUUCCCAGUAUAAUCCAGUCAUUUACUGUAAGGACUGACUCGGACCCGCUUCGAGCUACAACCACCACAAAAUUUGACAGUUCGUCUUUGGUGACCCGCACGCGCCCAGGGGAGGACAUCUUGUUUCAGUGGCGUUUAAGGAGAAAGAUGGAGCAGGCCAGAGAGCGGUCCCAGUCAGCCCGACACACCAGUCUUCAUGAUCCCACUUUUAGCUGGCAGGACCCCAGCUUAACCAAUUCCUUAGCCACUGGGCAGGAUUAUAAGCAACAAAGCACGUCUGCUGAAAUCCCCCAAAAAGCUGCUAAUCCGAACAUCACCUUUCCCCGUCCAGAAUUCAAAGAAGCCUCGGAAUCAUUUCCCCCACUUUCAAAUCCGCCUGUCUGUCCUAACAUUGUCUCUGGCUUUUCAGUUUUACAACCCCAGACUAUUGCCCAUGUUCCUGCCCACAUGCACUUACUCUGUGAUGUCCUGCCCUGCCCCGUCCAGUCCUCUCAUGCUAGUGUGCAACAAAGAAUUCCCCAAACAUCAGAUGAGUCCCGGGCUCAAGUUAUUUAUAAAAAGACCCCAUUCCAUUCAGAGCCUACACUUGAACAUGUGUCAUCCUCACCACCUGCAUCAUCUGGGGCUGAAGGAGAGUGGUCGAGUCAUCACAGAAAACAAGAGCAGAACAAGAAAGAGAGAAAACAGACAAGAGAGUCAGAGAGGAGAGACAAGGCGCCAUCUGCAUCCACCAGAAAGCAAAAGAAAUCAUCAAGAUCUUUUGUGGAGAACGAACAUUCUGAUAGAUGUAGUUCUACAAACAGCUCUUCACAUCAAAGACUUCCAAAAAAGGUCAUACCACGGACAGAGCCUCAUCAACAGCAGGGAGCCCAGGAGUUUCCCAGAGAGAGCUGUGCUCGUGAUUGUGCUCUGCCUCCUUCUCCAGUCCACAGUGCAUUAGGACAGGUAGUUUCAGAGGUUUUGUUCUCUACGGUGGAUUCAUCAGCAGCACAAAGGAGACAGGUGGUCUCCUUGGCGGCUCCUCCUGGCACUACAUCCGUACAAUCACAAUCUGUAGCUCCUCCAUGCCGUGCACGGGACUCUGUGGAGGUCAUUUCUCAGCUGCUGCAAGAGGCCGAAGAUUCUGAUGGGAAGGAGUUUGAAGAUGACGCUUUGCUACAAGUUCUUCGCAAACAGAGAUCAUGGGUAAAGAAGCAGAUCAGUGACAUGGACUCAAUCCUGAAUGAACUCCUGGAUGAGCAACAAAUUACUUGAACAUUGGCAAGAGGCAUUUUAUUUAGUUUUUUUCAUAUUUUUAUAAAGAAAUAAAAUUUAUUUGUGAAAUACAAUAAACGUUUAGGAAAUAUG